AUGCGGCACCGCGGGGGGAGAACGAGCACCAGGAAGAGCCUGGCGCAGCGGGAUGAGCGAACGAUCUUCCCUCUCAUUGACUCCGGAGGGCCCCCAGGAUUUGGCUACUGUCAUCCCUGUGACCCUGUAGGAAAACAAGCGCUCUGUAAAUUCAAGACGGUGGUUUCUUCAUUUGUACAGGACUUAAAGGAAGAGAUUGACAUUCGACUGUCAAGGGUGCAAGACAUCAAGUAUGAGCCCCGGCUGUUAGCCGAGGAUGACAGCAGACUUCUGCAGCUGGAGACGCAAGGCUGCUGUAACUACUUGUACAGGAUGAAGGCCCUGGAUGCGAUUAGAACGUCUGAAAUACCAUUUCAUGCAGAAGGCAGAUACCCAAAAUCUUUAAUAGGAAAGAACUUCUGUGCCUACCUGCUGGAACUGAGGAAUUCCAGCACUUCCUUCAAAGGCAUUCGCAAGACCUUGAUUGACACCUUGCUGGAUGGGUAUGAGAGUGCCCGUUACGGCACUGGGGUCUUUGGGAAACCAGAAUAUCUGAAGUACCAGGAUGCUCUGAACGAGCUAGCGAACAUGACCAAGGUGCGGGGAGGCAGCAGCCAGAGGCAGCACCAGUCGGCAGCAAAGGACCUCACGCUCUCUCCCGAAGUCUCCAACCCAGCCACCAUUCAGGUCACCUACCUGCCUUCCAGCCAGAAGAGCAAACGUGCCAAACACUUCCUGGAGCUGAAGAGCUUCAAGGACAACUACAACACGCUGGAGAGCACCCUGUGAGCCAGCAGGGAGCACUGCUCCGGGGACCUGCCAUGAGCAGAGCCCCUUGAUGGGUGCAGCUAAUGCCCUGGGCAGGUUUUGGCCUCAGUUCAGUGUGCAGGCAGCGUUGGGAGGAAGCGGCUGCACUCUUGGGUCUCUCUUUUGCACGAUGUUGGAUAUAAUAGCUCAGCGGAGGCUCCGUCCUGGCUGGGGGAGCCUGUCCCUUGCCUAGAGGCCUUUCCAAAGCAGCGUGCCUGCCUGCCGGAGGGGAUCGGCCUGCGUGGGCCUCCUCUGUGUCGAGCUUGGAGACAUGUUUCAGGCUUGUUCCGUCUUUGAGGCCAGCAACUUCUUGGAGCCCUGGCCCUGUGAAUAGACUUUGAUUAGCUUUAGCUUAUUUAUAAAAGACGUCAAUCCCAGCCAGCGCUCUCCUCCACCUGCCCUCUUUCCCCUCAUCGCCGGCAGGGGCUGAUUCUGUCUGUCCAUCUCACCUGCGUGGGUCUCGGGCUCUCUAGGGAGCCGCUCGCCUGUUCUUUCCGGAGGGUGAAUGUGCUUGUUUUCCCUGUGGCUGCAGGAGUGUGGCAUCGUCGCUGCCUGCUGCUCUCGGCUGGGUGUGCUCAUC